AUGGACAGCAUGAGUACAGAAAAGAGCCAAAAUAGUAUUGUUUCAAGGAUCAAAGUUUUUGAAUCCCAAGGAAGUAAUGAUACCUCAGGAUUAUCAAAAAAGCCAGAAAUUGCUCCUCGUUCAUUCACCCCAAGACCUGUUACUGCAAAGAAGCCAGCAGUUGCUCCAAAGCCAGGGGUAAGUAGAAUUUCAGGAGACUGGGAUGCAUGGACAGAAAGCAAAUCAACACCUUCCAAGGAAUUGCAGCCUCAACCUGAAGUAGUGGGAAGCAGUGUUGUAACCAAACCUGAACUGCCAAAGAAGCCAAAACCUGGCCUUGUUAAAAGUAGUAGUAGUGAUUUUCUUGAUGCAAGGAGUGGAUCAGUUGCAGAGAGCAGCAAUGGACAAAAGAAAUUUCCUGUUCCUGCUCCAAGACCUCUCGUUCCUAAAAAGUCACGUUACGCAGAAAAUCCUGCCCUUUCUUUGGCCUCACUAAAACCAAUUGCUGCUCCCCCAUGGACUUCCGUAUCUGCCCAAGAAAAAGUCUUCAAGCCUCUGGGGGAAUUGUCACCUGCAACCAACUCCUCAGCACCUGCUUUGCAAAAUAAACCAGAUGUGGAAGGAGAUCUGAUCAGUUUUGAUGAUGAUGUUUUGCCCCUAAGUCCAACUGGUGCAGUUAAAGAUAACAUCAGUUCUGAAGCAGCAGCAGAUCCAUUUCAGUUCCUUACUAAAAGUGAACCUGCAAAGGAACAGACAGCUCAACCAGCUUUAGCCCGGAAACCCACUGUGAUCCGAAUCCCAGCUAAACCCGGGAAAUCUUUAAAUGAAAUCCCGCAUAGUCCUCCGCCACUUCCUGCUGAAAAGCCUAUUGGGAACACCUCUGAUAUCACAGUGGGAAAACCCAACAGUGGUGACCUAGUAAAAAAAGUGGAGUUGGAUCAUUCAGAACAGGGUGGACUGCCUCAGCCAGAACCUGUAUUACCCCCAAGGCCUGUGGAUGGAAGAAUUAUACCUGCUCGACCUCCCCCACCUAGAAGUGUUCCUGGAAGGCCACCUCCACCAAAACUCUCUGCAGCCAGGACCUCCUCCCAGAAGGAUGCUCUUUCGCGAUCUACUUCCAACAUUGCUCCUGAUAAAAAACCCAGCAAGUUCAGACUGGGACCCAAGAGAGCAAAAAGUCAAGUCUUUAAAAAUCCAGAUCCAGCAUUACCUCCUAGACCUAAACCAGGUCAUCCUCUCUACAACAAAUACAUGCUACCUGUGCCUCAUGGAGUUGCCAAGGAAAAUUGUCUUCCCAGGAACCCUGGAGAACUGUCCUGUAAGGAUUCAAACCACCCUCCAAAAGUUUCUGACACAAGCGCACCUCAUGCUGUAGUCCUGCAUGAUUUUCCUGCAGAACAUGCUGAUGACUUGGACCUUCAUUCUGGAGACACUGUUUGUCUUUUGGAGAAAAUUGAUUCUGAGUGGUACAGAGGAAAAUGUGGGAAUCGCACAGGGAUAUUUCCUGCCAGCUUUGUUAAAGUAAUUAUUGAUGUUCCAGAAGAAGGCAACAGGAAAAAAAUACCCUGUUCAUCACGCUGUAUUAAAGGGCCAAGAUGUAUAGCACGAUUUGAAUACAUUGGAGAUCAGAAAGAUGAGCUCAGUUUUUCAGAAGGUGAAACCAUUAUCCUUAAAGAAUAUGUAAAUGAAGAGUGGGCCAAAGGAGAGCUCAGAGGCACAUCUGGAAUUUUCCCCUUGAACUUUGUGGAAGUAAUUGAAGAUCUGCCUGGAACAGGUACAGGAGAAGCACUGAAGAACAAGGUGGAGGUUUCUUCUUCUCUUCCUCAGAACAACAGACACUCAGUAGAGUGGUGUGAAGCACUUCAUGAUUUUACAGCAGAAACCAAAGAUGAUUUAUCCUUUAAAAAGGGAGACUACAUCCAAAUACUGGAACAAGUAGAUUCAGAGUGGUAUAGAGGAAGACUGAAUGAAAAGGAAGGGAUUUUCCCAGCAGUUUUUGUUCAGACCUGCUCAGCCAGGGUAGAACUGUCACAGGCUGUAGGAGGGAAGAAAGGAAAAGCCAAAGCUCUUUAUGAUUUUCAUGGAGAAAAUGAAGAUGAGCUUUCCUUCAAAGCAGGUGAUACAAUAACAGAGCUGGAAUCUGUAGACGAGGACUGGAUGAGUGGAGAGAUACAAGGAAAGUCUGGGAUAUUUCCCAAGAACUUUGUUCAGAUUUUAAAAACACCGUGAAGUGUUGCCUCUCCUUGUACUCCCUGUGUGUGGGAGAGAAUGUUUUCUGUCCAAAAGGCACAGCAAAGACAUCAACGUGUUUUGACGAUCAAUGUUUUGCACUACUUUUUCUAGACAGUCAUACUAGUAUCUUGAAGUCAAAUAAGAAAAUUUUAGUCUUUUGUGACAGUGUAUGUAGUCAUGCUUCAUGAAUGCUCUGAGAGCAAAUACAAGCAGGAUUUUUAGCAGUUUCCAACUAGGGAAAUACUGUGGUGCAACACCAUUUUAACUUAAAUAGCAUUCUACUAUGUUUACUAUCUGGUAUUACAUUUAUCAUGCACAAAGUCU